AUGUUCGACGUGAAACUACCCCUUGAAAAGGAGACUACGUCACCUUUUUUGGACCAAGCAUUGCGUUCUUGGACGAAACUGCAAAAGUGUCCAGAGGAAACUUCUGUUCUUUUGGAUGGCGAAGGUUUAGAUAUACCUAGCGUUGUCGCUGUUGCCAGAUAUCAUGGGAGAGCUGCUACCAAAUUGGAUGGCAAUAUUGUCGAAAGAGUCAAUUCAAGUGUGAAAUGGCUCCGAGAAUACCUCGCAAAAGGCUAUGAUGUCUACGGUGUGACCACCGGGUUUGGCGGCAGUGCUGAUUCGCGCACUCUGGAUUUCCACGGCCUUCAGGCUGCUUUGCUACAAUUAACGCAAACGGGGAUUCUGACCGAAUCCGACUUCUCACCCGAAAAGGCUAACUACGAUACUGGAUUCCACAGCAUGCCAGUCACCUGGGUGCGAGCCACGAUCGUUGUGCGUUGCAAUCACUUGCUCCGAGGGCACUCUGGCGUGAGAUAUGAGAUUAUCGAAAACCUCCUCAAGCUGCUGAACCUUGGAAUGACUCCAAUCGUUCCACUGAGAGGUUCAAUCUCUGCAUCUGGAGAUUUGAUGCCAUUAGCCUACAUUGCUGGUAUCCUCGAAGGUAAUCCGGAUAUCAAAGUGCACUGGGAUAAGGAUGGGCAAGGGACCACGACCGUCAUAUCUGCACCGGAAGCUCUGAAGGUUGCUAAGUUGGAUCCGAUUAUCUUGGGCCCUAAGGAAGGGUUAGGCCUGCUUAACGGGGCGGCAGCGUCCGCAGCAGUGGCAAGUCUGGCCUUGUAUGACACCAAUCAACUCGUUACCCUCUCUCAAGUCAUUGUUGGAAUGUCCUGUGAGGCGCUACUAGGCAAUGCCGAAAACUACCACCACUUUAUCGCUGCCAUCCGGCCUCACAGCGGUCAGCUAGAGAUUGCUCGAAACAUUCGACACUUUGUGCGUGGUUCCUCCCUUCUGGAAACCUCUGAAACCAAAGACCGCACCCGUGCCGGUCUAUUCCAAGACCGCUAUGCGAUUCGUGGUGCGUCACAGUGGCUGGGUCCUGGACUCGAGGAUCUUCUUCUCAGUAACAAACAGAUCAAUGUUGAGUUGAACUCUACCCAGGACAAUCCUGUGAUUGACACAGAGUCAGGUGAAGUGUACUCGGGAUGCAAUUUUCAGGCUGCCUCAGUCACAACAGCAACAGAAAAGACGCGCCUAGCGUUACAAAUGAUGGGCAAAAUGCUGUUCAGUGUGUCUACCGAGCUCAUCAACCCCGAUUUGAACCGAGGACUACCUCCCAACCUCACGGCUGAUGAUCCAAAUCUCUCCUUCACCAUGAAGGGAGUUGACAUCAACAUGGCAGCCUACAUGUCAGAGCUUGCCUUUUUGGCUAAUCCAGUUUCAUCGCAUGUUCAAUCAGCAGAGAUGAGUAAUCAACCGAUCAACUCACUUGCCCUGAUCUCCUCGAGAUAUACCAUGCAGGCGGUGGAGACUUUAUCCCUGAUGUGUGCAGCCCACCUUUACGUUGUCUGCCAAGCUCUUGACCUUCGAGUCCUCAAUGUCCAAUUUCAAGAUGCGAUGGAUGAGGAAAUGGAGAAAAUCACCCGCGAUAUUUGUGAUCAGCUUACCAGCGAGCAGCUAGGCUUUCUCCUGGCAUCUUUGUCAAAGGCAGCUCGCAGCUCCUGGUCUACCUCCGCACGGGAGAAUCUUCAGCUCCGUGCGCAGCUCCUUGGAAAUGAAGUCGCAAAUCCCCUAAUGACCUUUAUGCAGAAAUAUGGGUCCAGUUCUUCUCAGUAUCCGGAUCGUCUUUCUGCAAUUGUAGAAGUCAAGGCCCGUGUUUCUGCUGCUUGUGAGGCCCUCUAUGCAACAAUGCGAACAGCAGCCUACUUGGAGCCGCAAACCGAAAAGUAUCUUGGAGAUGCCUCCAAGCUACUCUAUCAAUUCGUUCGACGCGAGCUACAGGUUCCCUUCCAUACGGGGCUGGCUGAGCACCCAACUGUGGAAGAGGGACUCAAACUGAACCGGGAACGCAAAACAAUCGGGUCUUGGAUCUCUAUCAUCUAUCAAGCCAUUCGCGGGGGCCAAGUUAGGACUACACUGAUGCAACUGGCGGAUUGCUUCCAUCAUUGCCGGGAGACAAAGGUGGUGGAGUGA